GCAGAAUUGUAGCUGCUGAAGUUUCUUGACAAUCGCUGAAUGCGCUGGAACUCAACGUGCUGGAGCGAUGACGGAGGUCUCCUUCAAAUGGGAGGAGCCUGACAAGCUGCGCGUCGGCGGUGGCAAAGGUGCAGGGAAGCAUGCAGCGGCAUUGCUGGCCCAGGAGGUGCAACUGGCUGGGGAGGCUGCAGAGGAGGCCCGGAGAAAUCGAGAGGCGCGAGCUGCGGUGGUGCCAGCGGCCAAAGUUGCCAAAGCUGCCAACCAGAGUGGCGAGUUUGUCGGCGACAAGCAGGUCUUGGAAUUUGCUUGCGAUGCCAGCUUCAUGCAAGGUCGUGAAGAGGGUCAUUUGGAUCGGCAUGUGAUGGUCAAGGACCUCCUUGCUGCCUCCAAAGCCCUGAAAAUGCCCCUGUCACUGGAAAAGCCAGUGGCCCUUUUCUCCAUCUACGACGGACAUUUCGGGACAAAGUGCUCGGAAUUCGCUGCUCAGAACUUCCACAAGAAGCUCUUGCCGCGUCUGGGGAAGGCUAGAAAUGAGGAACAGAUUCGGGAGAGUUUGGUUGAGGCGUUGGCCGAUUUGGACAAGGAGUUCCUGACUAAGUUCCGAACAGAGUGCAUCAUUAGCAUCAUGAGGGGCUCUGGAGGCUAUUCAAACAGUCUUCGACCAGGACAAGCAAAAUUGGGGGAGGACGUGAUAGGAGAAGAUGAUCGUUCUGGAUGCUGUGCACAGCUGGCGUUGCUAGUUGGACGCAAACUCUAUCUGGUGCAGCUGGGGUCGGGUGGUGCUAUGCUUAGUGAAGGGGAUGGUGGUUGCAGGGUCUUCGCCGCUGGUGAGCUGGAUGUUGAAGAGGACCGCAUUCGUCAAGCUGGCGGACAACUCCUGGAGGUGGCGCCUGGUGUCAACCAUGUGGCCUCGGCCAACUUUGAGAACCGGCUCAAGGAGUAUCGAAUCCAACUGGCCUCGGGUCUUGGUUGCACCUUGACACCUCCAAUGACUUCACCCUUUCCACGAGCGCUAGGUGAUCGAGAGCUGAAGCCUAUCGUGAGUGUGAAGCCAGAGGUGCACGUCCUGCCCUUGGAGCCAAAUCAUCGCGCCUUCACACUAUACUGUGAUGGCAUUGCGGAGGUCAUGAGCCCUGAGGACAUAGAUGUGCUUCUCAAGAGCAUGCCUGGACAAGAGAAGGGCGCGCCAGGGCGGCUUACGCAAGAUGCUUACAAUCGUGGCAGUGAGCAGAACCUCACCGCCAUCACCGUCUUCUUCCGUUUCCCUGCGAAGCGCAGCCACGCUGAAGCAUUCCCAGAGGAGACGCCACGGACGCCGCAGACGACAGCAACGGCGCCAGAGGCAAAGCUGCCGCCUCCAAGGACGGCUCAGGAUUUGAGGGAUCUCAAAGCAGCGCGGAGAUCUUCGGAGCAGGAGAGGUCCAGGCACCAAGAGGCGCCGCAGAUCAUCGUUUACUGCCCACAGGAGAACAAAGUGCACAGUCUUCUGGAACAAGCAGGGAUGCUCUUCGAGGAUGUGGACGGUGAUGUGGCGCAUGAGUUCCUUGAGGAAGAUGCAAAUGGGCUUCGCGUGGGGAAGUGCAUGCCCAUUCGGGUUUGAUCUCAGAUUCACCCUCAGGUCCGCAGUGGUAGAGCUCAGGAUGUUUCGACUGCGC